AUGGCUAACGCUUUGCGGGAAUUAUCGGAUAUUUGUAGAUUUUGCCUGUGCCAAAACGAGAGAUUGCUCCUACCGAUUGCGAAAACACUAGAUAAACUGUUAACAGUCGAAGAUAUUGAGCGGUUUUCAGGAAUUCAGUUGGCCACCACUUCGUACGCAAUGUGUCUUGAAUGUAUAAACAAGCUGAAAAUGUCGGCCGAAUUUCGAAUCCUUUGUAUAAGCAAUGAUUCCCGCUUUCAAAUGUUACGCAGUAUGCUGGUGGAAAGUGUUGAAAGAACAAAGAAUGAAGCAAUUGAAUGUUUAGAUGUAUCAGAUGAUGAUAUAGAUAUGCUGAAAUUCGAAUGCUUCGAAGAAAAUGACACGGAAUACAGCUAUGACGGGUCAGCUUCUACCAAAACCAUGAACCAAGAAAACUCGUAUGCAGAAAAGCAUACUGCACGCCAUAAAAAAAGCUUCAACACAGCCCACAACGAAAGUACCUCAACGAAGGACUAUUCCGCGAAUUACAUCGAACCUGGUGUAGCAUUAGUCUCGGAUGAAGAGGAUAUCAACCCAAAGGAUUUGAUAUACACCCCGUUAAAUCCAACUUAUCCACAAGUGAAUCCGCUUGUACGUGAGCGUGGAAAGCGGAAACUGCAUCUGUGCAACAUAUGUGGUAUUUUCGUCAAGCACAUCCCGAAACACAUUAUCAAUCAUGAUGAUGAUAUCGCGGAAGCAUGUCCUCAUUGUCCCGUGAAAAUGAAACAAAAAGCUAACUUAGUGGCACACAUCAGAACAGUACACCUAAAAACGAUUGGAAAAACGUGUGAAAUAUGCGGCAAAGGCUUUGUGCAUCACAAAACUUACCGCUAUCAUAUGAUAUCUCACCAGGACGAAGGAGAAAUAUUCGAAUGCAAGGCAUGUUCAAAAACAUUCAGUCAUUCGAAUGCCUUAAAGGAUCACUUUAACAGGCUUCAUAAUAUUGCGAGAAAACAAAAAUGA